AGUUGGAUCAAUUGGGUAGGUUGACCGGUGAGAAGUGUGCCCGACCAACAAAUCUACCCGCUGCACGCUCGAUUGACCACUUUCUGGUGGGAGGAGGUGGGUGGAGACCAUGGCCCUCACGGCCAUGUCGCUCUCGAGAGAUCCCUUGCUGAACGGCAACGAGAUGGCCGGGCUGCGAGCCUUCCUUCGAAGCCGAUGUGGAAGUCUCAAGGCGGCCUUUGCGGAGCUGGACCGGCACGACGUGGGGCACCUCACCAGCGACGACUUCAUCCAGGGCUUGCAACGCUUGGGCUACACCGAGGACGCUGCUGGUCUCUUCCGCUCCAUCGAUGGCGCCAAGUCCGGGCUGCUGACCAUGAAGAGCUUCAUGAGCUGCUUGGGGGACCGGGUCUUCGAUGCCGAGGCUGAGAGGCCAGGCACUCCCGCAGGCGCCGCGUGUCGGCCGCUGGCGCGGAGCUCCAGCGAGGACGCCUGGAAGAGCGCGCGGAUCCCCAAGACGCCGACCAGUAGCCCCAACUUGCUGACGAGCUCGCCAGUGGGUGGAGCGUUAAAGAGUGGAUCGGCGCUGCGCAGCUCCACUCCCGAGAGUUUGUCCAUGCCUCACAUGCCCGUGGCCGGUGCGGAUCUGCUCUACGCGCGGAUGAGCCGCGUGGAGGAGCAGGUGGCGGCUGAGCAGCGGCUGCGCUGCGAGACGGAGCAACGCCUCACGCAGCAUUUGAACAGCUUGGUAGGCGUCAGCAUCUCAGAGCAGUUGGACGUCCUGCGAGAGCAGCUGGUUGAGGAGCGGAUGCAACGGCAGGUGGACAUCACGGCCCUGCGUUCGACCCUCGAGACCGUGAGGUCGAUGGCCCUGCGCUCGGUCCAGGAAAAUCUGGAAGAGUGCGUGAAAUCGGAGGUGGACAAGUCCAUGGGUGAGCUGCGCCUGUCUUUCGAGGAGAACAACCUCAAGAAGAGCCCCGAGAUCGAAAAGCUGGACCAGCUGAGUCGCUCGGUGGAGGGCCGGCUCUCGGAGCUCGAGCGCUCCACGCGCAGUGCCGUCAUCGUCGACCCGCUUGAAAGGCGCGGAGGGGUCGAGGAGCGCCACGUCGAAGAGCUCCAGAAGUCGAAUCGGGCCUUCGAGGAGCGGCUGGACCUGUUGAGCUCCAACAUGGAUUUGUUGACCUCCAACGUCGAGUUGCAGGCAAAGCAGUCGCUGCAGCUGAAGGAGGACGUCAGUGCUCUGCAGUGCGCAGACAUCAAGGUUCACGAGAACGGGGAGUCGACCAGCUUCGAAAAGGUCCAGGAGUACGUCCGCGAGAAGAUGGACCGGCUGCGCGUGGAGUGGAGUGGCACUCUGGAGGAGGAACGUGCUCGCACCACCGAACGCUCCUCAGCGCUCACGAAGGCACUGACGCAGGAGUUCGAGCGGAGCAUCGUGGCGCAGGCCGUCGCAGAGGCAAGAACCGAGGCCCGUGCGGCUGUCAGCGAUGCUAAUCCUGGGCUACAGCAGGCGGUGCGGCAGUUGGCCCAGGACAUCGAAGCCUUGUGGCAGAAGUUGCAGGGCAAAGCGCAGGGUGGCCUGGCGGACGCGACACGGGCAGCAGAGAAGCUUUGCCAGGAGAAGAUGGCCGUGACCGAUACGGCCCUGAAGACGCAGGCCGAAGCACUGGAGCACCUGCAGCAGAAGCUGAACGUCGUGGAAGAGUCGGUGCGCAUCAAGCUGCAAGCCCUGAUCAACAAGCUGGACAGCAAGUGCAUCGAGGGGCUGGUACCGGUCUUGGCAGACCUAGGCUCUGCGCUGGUUGGGUCUCGCCCCAAGAUGCUCAGUGUGGAGAAGAUGGAGACCAGCGGAUGGUGUAGCCACUCCACCAGCAGCGGCGAGAGCCGUGCCAAGCGCGGCGGCGUGACGCCCGCGGCGCCGCCGCCCACGGUGGCCACGGCGUCGCCCGUGGCGUGCGGGUCGCCGCCGACGCCGAGCCCCGCGCAGGUGAUCCGGCAGAGCUCGAUGCGAUCCUUGGAGGAGAGUCAGCAGAUAGACGCGCUGGUGCAGGAGAAUUUGCGGCUCCGCGAGGGCGAGUUGCGGCUCCGGGAGCAGAACUUGGAGAUCCGCGAGCGGCAGCUGCGGAUGCAGGAGGAGGCUUCUUCGAUAGUACCUGGCUUUGUACGAGGCACGGGGAGCGCGCGCUCCCAGUCGCCGCCCACGGGGAAGGCUGCUGGGCCUGGGCCGGCCGGCUCCGUGAACCCUGCCGACCCUCCAAUGCCUGGCCGUGGCCCGCCACGUGCCUCGGUGCCGCGCCAUGCGCCCCCAGGUGUGGCACGGGUCAUGGCCUCUCCUCCGAUGAUGGCGCGCAAUGGCCUGGAUGCCAGGACCAAUACUCCCAUGGACCGCGUGAUGAACGCUCCGCCCCAUGCCCCGCUAAACCGGCGGACCCCAUCCCCAGUCGUGAUCCCCCAUAUGCAGGGGGAGUGCGUCAAAGCUGCGCCCGCGCGGCCGGGGAGGUGAUGCAAGCAGGUGGACUGCGGCUCCCGAUAGAUGCUGUUUCGCGGUCCUGCGGGGAGGAGCACACGAGAGGCUCCUCUGCCGCGCGGGACUGUCAGGUCUCAAGGUUAGACGGUUAGACAGCAGUGGAGUUGAAGAAUGGCUAUGGAUUGG